CACGGCACGAUAUGGGUUGAUAAUGGGUGAUACUAGGCGCGUUAUAAUAUAAUUCAGUCGGUUAUUACGGCUGGUUGAGGGCGGAUUUGACAACCAGUUUCCCGCGCAGUUUUGACGCUUUGACGUUUCGUGUUCUUUAUUUUCGAAGUGUUUCGUGCCAGUUUGUUUAAAAAGGAUUAUUUUGUGCAGUGAAGACAAGUGGGCUUGAUUUAGAUUUUUUGUGUUUAGAGAAGGACACCGAAUGGAGUAACUCCUAAACGACCAUACACAACCAACUGACCAUGUCAUCCCAAGUGUUGCACCAAUCUCUAUACCGGCGGGAGACCCCCGAACCAGACAAACCUCUAGACAUUGAAGAAACUGAAAGCCGAUCAAACAGCCCCAACGAAAACCCGACCAAUUUAAAAUACUACAACAGACCCGACGACGAGAAAACCGUUUUGACAACCAAAAAGUCGUUUUGCAUCGACGCGCUAUUAUCCAAACAAAUUGAAGAGUCGCCGACCUUGCAAGAGAAAAUGACUCAGCAGAAAUACUUAGCGUACAUCCAGCAGAAGAAUUUCAUACCGAGAUAUCAGAAUACGGACGAAAAUUAUGACACACAGAUUGAGUCGAAUACCAUAGACAAACUUCGCAGUUUCGAGAAUGAAGGUCAGAGGUAUGAGGAGCAAAGAGGUGAUAGUCCCAGGUCUGGUGGGAGUACGCCGAGGAGUGGAAGUCCUGGGUCUGACAGGUCUGGUGGUAGCUACAGUCCCCCCAUUUCACCAGGAGUCGAGGGGGGUCAGGAGUGCGACAAUUAUAGGCCGGGUAUAAUCCCGAAGCCCGGGCUCCUACCGCAACCACAACAGUUCCAGCCGCCCAUGUUCAGCUACCCGCCCAUGCCGGUGGGCGGCGGGAUGCCGUCCGCUUUCCACCACCCGGGCGAGCGAGCCGCCCUGCAUCACAUGCAGCUGGAGUGGCUGGCCAGGACUGGGAUGCUGUAUCAUCGGAUUCCGGAGCUGGCUGGCGCCCCCCACGCGCUGCUCGGCAAGACGCGGCGCCCGCGCACCGCCUUCACCUCGCAGCAGCUGCUGGAGCUGGAGAAGCAGUUCCGCAUGAACAAGUACCUGUCCCGGCCCAAGAGGUUCGAGGUGGCCACCAGCCUCAUGCUCACCGAGACCCAGGUAAAAAUAUGGUUUCAAAACCGAAGAAUGAAGUGGAAGCGUUCGAAAAAGGCUCAACAGGACUCCAAAAAGGACGCGCACCACGCUCACCAGAGUGAAGAGAAAAAAACUAAGCCUGAAAACCUCCUUUCUGAACCUGAGAAACAAAUCAGCCAAUGCCCGCCCGGGGAUUUGACAGCUGUCAAACCACCCCCGCCAUUAUUGGACAGAGACAGAAUCAUCGCGCUAGAAAGAGAAAGAGCGAUGGCGGCCGCUAAUUUUAAUUCAAAUAUAGAAAACAAUGGAAGGCGAGGAAUGGUUUUAAAUAGCCAAGAGAGGCCUGGCAUGGAUAUGUUUAGGCCGUAUGUAGUAUGAAAUUAAAGGUUUUUUUCGGUUAAUGUUUUGGCCACGUUUUUGUAAGAUAUUUAAAGGCUAGGCAGAAUAUAAUAUAAUUCCAAUUAUAAUAAAUUUUAGUACUUAAUUUUAAAGAUGAUAAGCGUUCUAUUUCUGAUGAAAAUACUGUAGAAUAGGCACAUAAAAGUGAAACAAAAAAACGUCUCAAAUAAAUAAGUUUUUUUGUGAAUAUCUCUGUCACCUACUUUCAGAUGUGCAUCUAGGAAAGACUCACUUUGUAUACCUACCUAAUA